AGAGCAUGCGCGGCGCCGUUUACGCUCGGUGCGGGCUCGCGUUUGUUGUAGCGUAGCCUGGAAAAGGGGGACGAGCUGCUAGCGCGGUUACUACUCACUACUGUCGUAUUUCUUUGCGCUGAGGCGUCGAGGCGAGGCGUGAAACUAUGAGCCACGCAGACUUUGAAACAGGCCGAGGGAGAAGAGCAGCGGCGCCCGAUAAAGUCGACAUGUCAUUAGAUGACAUCAUUCGGUUGAACAAAAAAGAGCAACAGUUAAAAAGGAGACAGGCCACUGGGAACCGACGACCAGUCAAGAAGAAAGGCCGUUUAACGCAGGGGAAAGGAGUUUCACCGAGGACGCCCGCACCGCUGCAAAGGGGAGGCGGCGUCGCCCGAGGAGCGCCACCUAAAUUAAGAAACAGACGGAUCCCUCCGCCACCGGGUCGGCGGCGGGGUCAGGGGGUCAUCGCUGGGCUGGCAGCCAGGAGGCCAUCUGGCCUGCUAAAACGAGCCGGCAAACUCAACAGAGCAGCACUGCACCAGAAAACAAGGCAGAGAACAAGACCCUUCAUUCAGCGCGCCGACGCUCAGUACAUGAAGCCAGAGGUUCAGAGUCAGCUGUACAGGCAGCCUGAUCCACAGAGAGGCCAAGGGGCAAUAACAGUAAAGAGACCGUUUCAGCUGCGACGACGACUACUGCCACCCAUGCAGCAGACGCGGAAGGAAGCGCGUCAAGCCACGUUUCUUUUUCAUAGGGGACUAAAGGUGCAAACGCAAGUGCCAAAGCCUCACGCUCCACCAGUCAGAACUCGCCAAUGGCGUCAAUCGACAGCCAGCAGUGGAAUCCUGACUGUUUCCAUAGACAACCCUACAGCCAGAACUCAGCCUGAGCCUCCCACUGCUUGGACCCUGCAUCCUCCAGCUGCUAGCUCCGUCCCCUUCAAAGUGGAACCAGUAGAGAAGAAAAUACCAAAAGGCGUGCCUCUGCAGUUUGACAUAAACAGUGUUGGGAAACCGCAAACGUCGAUGACUUUAAAUGAGCGAUUCCGCAUCCUAAAAGAUCAGCGCACCGCCACAGCACACAGCAAAGGCAGCCGAUUUGUUACCGUGGGUUAAGUAGCAAGGAGACAGUGACGAGUGAAGCUCAUGCCCACGCACCAAACCACGUUUGCAACGGACGGGACAGACCCACUGACUGCCUGUACUAAUGGGAGCUGUGGCACCAAUGAGAAGAAGUGGAGUGUGGGUUUUUGUUCCAAUUCUUGGUCCAUAUCAUUGUCCUCAGUUGUUUGUAAUGUGGAUUUCCUACAGCGGAAGAUUUUUGACCACUUAUGAAUCUGCUAGAGCGGCAUGUCUACACUCAUACUGUUGACAUUUGAGACUUGUUUUGUAAUGUUUGAAAUAAAUGAGGUUACUUUUGAA